UUNGGCCAAGCUCUUAAAUGGCAGCAGCAUCAAGGUCUUCUGCCACCAGGAACAACAAUUGAUUUGUUUCGUGGUAAAGCAGCUAUCAGAGAACAGGAAGAUGAGAAAUAUCCCACUCAGCUUUCAAAACAGAUUAAAUUUGGACAGAAAUCUCACGUAGAAUGUGCUCGAUUCUCUCCCGACGGUCAGUAUCUCGUAACUGGUUCCGUUGAUGGAUUUAUAGAAGUGUGGAAUUUUACAACUGGUAAAAUAAGAAAAGAUUUAAAAUACCAGGCUCAGGACAAUUUCAUGAUGAUGGAUGAUGCAGUUUUGUGUCUUUGCUUUAGUCGUGAUUCAGAAAUGCUUUCAUCGGGAAGCCAAGAUGGAAAAAUAAAAGUAUGGAAUAUUUAUGACAUUGGAAGAUGUAUUGCCUAUGAAGGAAGUUUUACUGGUGAAAUAAUCUCAUGA